CGUCUCUGACGUUGGGACAGGUUCAGGACCUGAGCGACCGGCUUAGGCGAGCAGCGCUGGGCUGUGGUCCUGCAGUCGCUAUGAGCUGCACCAUCGAGAAAAUCCUGACCGACGCCAAGACGCUGCUGGAGAGGCUGCGGGAGCACGAUGCGGCCGCGGAGUCGCUGGUGGACCAGUCGGCGGCGCUGCACCGGCGGGUGGCCGCUAUGCGGGAGGCGGGGACGGCGCUUCCGGACCAGGUCAGGCAACUGUGGGUUUCCUUGGAGGAACACCAGGAUGCUUUGGAACUCAUCAUGAGCAAAUACCGGAAACAGAUGCUACAAUUAAUGGUUGCUAAAAAAGCAGUGGAUGCUGAACCAGUCCUGAAAGCUCACCAAACUCACUCUGCAGAAAUUGAGAGUCAGAUUGACAGAAUCUGUGAAAUGGGAGAAGUGAUGAGGAAAGCAGUUCAGGUGGAUGAUGACCAAUUUUGUAAGAUUCAGGAAAAACUAGCCCAAUUAGAGCUUGAAAAUAAGGAACUUCGAGAAUUAUUGUCCAUCAGCAGUGAGUCGCUUCAGGUCAGAAAGGAAAACUCAAUGGACACUGCUUCCCAAGCCAUCAAAUAACUUCAGCUUCUGAAUGACAGCUGGAGAUGGUUUAUCAAGGAAGGAAGUUACUAUCUUUCUACUUGAGUAUUGUCCUUUCAGUGUCUUGCCUCGGACUUGAUUUAAUAAUGUUGAUUAAAGGAAUCAGAUGGCAGUUUA